UUCUGUUCGGAAAAACGGAAUCCCGACGUACUCGUUACUAUUUAGAAUGAAAAGAGGUAUCGCACUAUUCCUCUUAGUUUUAGCCGUAGAAGCAUCGCCAAAGUAUCUGCUCACCCCCAAUUUAUGUAAAAAUUUCGGUGAAUAUAUACUUGUGGAAAACGAAGUUUGGAAGCAGCUUUUCGACAACUUCAUAACAAAGUUCGAUAAGAAUCGGUGGUUGCAAUACGUGUGCGAUCGACACAAGGACUACUUGUUGAAACAUCGAGUCGGUGUUAAGAAGUUUAGAUUCGGCAAAGUGAAACAGUGGAGUGAAGCGGGUGACUAUCUGUUGGUCUCGAGAGAUGUGGGGGUUCAUUUCCAAACACUCCGUCGCCUGGUAUUGAACAAUCUAACAAAAAGCAUUGACUUGUCUCCACACUCAGAUAUCCUCGAAAAUGCUAACCAAUAUUUUUCCGCGAUUAAAUAUGCUUCUGAGUCCAUCGCUAACAAGACUGGCAUGGAUCUACGAAAAAAGUGUUCGUUAACUUCGGAGCUUAGGACUCUAGACCGCGUCUAUUAUCAUCUUCAAUAUACCUUGCUGCGAAGUUAUAUUCUCCUUGAGUUCUCAUACAUGGUUGCUGCUAUUGAAAAAGAAGGAAUUAAUUAUAUGUUUCCAAGUCAAUUGAGGUCCAAGUUCAUACAACUUUACAAUUCAACCAUGAGUAACUUUAUUGAGGCAAAAAAUCGCACAGACAAUACAGAAAUCGUUCUAUGUGAUCCUAAAAAGUGGACUCCUCGCAAAUAUCAGAGAAUUCCUGCGAAAUUGCAAGAGAAGGUUUACUUCAGUUUGAAGGAGGUCACGUCAGAUAUUGAUUCGAAUAAGAUCGUGUUAACGUUUCGCUUUACAAAGCAUAAGAACAUCUAUCAUCUACAGAUCAUGCAAGGACAAUUGGGACGGGGUGGAAAUGUAAUCAAACGGUCCGCAAAAUGGAAGCCAAUUGAAAAGUUCUCACUUAACGAUAAAAACGUUACGGAAACUGAUUAUAUGGAGUUAAAAGGAACCGACUUUGCCUUCCAUCUUACAAGUAUAAAAUAUGAUUUUCCAUUCGCUGUAACCGGAGUAAAAUUAGUUUACAACAAGCUUGAGCUUAGUUUGAUGGUAAGGUUCAAUGAAAUACGUUUCCCGGAAGGAACUCUAGUACCAACAGAAAAGGAGGGACCUGAUUGGAUAGGAUCUACCGAAAUGUGCAACGACCCGAUUAUUAAUUUCAAGGAAACAACAUCGAUAUCCAGUGGUUGUGUUACUUUGUCAUCAUCACUCCUGGACAUGCGAUCAAUUUUUCCACGACCAUAUACUCCACUCAAAGGAGUUGGAGUCUUUUUUAAAUACGUCAAGAGGGAAAACUUUUCUGGAGGAUUUUUAACACCAAAGUUGAUUCCCAUGAUAUGAAAAAUUAUUUAGCGAUUCGUUGUGCUAAUCGAAUUCUUUUUUUCGCCGACAUGAUUGACGUACUUAUCUUAUAAUCUCAAAAAAAUUGAAGUUUGUAUUGAAUUCCAUAAUUUCAUGGAAAUUGUUGUUUUGACUCGAAUAUUUUUUAAGGAAUUAUUAAUAAUAAAAAAAAACAUUUUUCAGAG